CAGAUUUCCAAGCACCUGUCCCUUUGAAGGGAGGCCGAACUACAUUCUCCACCACUCUCUUCGGGAAUGUCACGAUGCAGUUGCCUGAUAACAAGCCAAACAGGAAGUGAUGAGGGCCACAUGGGAGAGAUUUAAAGGUUUUAUCUGUUAUUGAGGAGACUUCCCCAUCAACCUCAAGCCCAGCAUUGUGUAGUGAAGGAAAAUGGAGCUUGCAGAUCUCUUGAAAUUUGUCUUCAUGGAAAUCAAUGGAACAACUGUAACAGUGGCUCUGCUGGUGAUCCUCCUAGUGUUACUCUAUUGGUACUCCACCUCUUCGUUCUCCAGGCUGGAGAGGGUGGGUAUCAGGCAUCCUGCACCUUUGCCUUUCAUCGGAAACCUGCUGUUCUUUCGCCAGGGCUUUUGGGAAAACCAUACAAAACUGAUCACGGAGUAUGGACCUGUUUGUGGAUACUACAUCGGUCGGCGAAUGUACGUGUUGGUGUCUGAGCCAGAGAUGAUCAAACAUAUCUUAGUGAAGGACUUCAGCAACUUCACCAACAGAAUGACACCAGGCUUGGUUACCAAGCCAGUAAUUGACAGCAUUCUUUGUCUGCGGGAUCAGAGGUGGAAAGAAGUCCGGAGCAUACUGACCCCAGCCUUCAGCGCUGCAAAAAUAAAAGAGAUGACUCCACUAAUAAACCAAGCAUGUGAUGUCCUGCUGAGUAACUUGAAGGUGUAUGCAGAUUCUGGCAAGGCUUUUGAUAUCCAAAGGAGUUACGGCUGCUUCACCUUGGAUGUCGUCGCUAGCGUGGCUUUCGGUACCCACGUGGAUUCUCAGAAGAAUCCUGAUAAUACCUUUGUUAAGAACUGCAAAAAAUUCUUUGAAUUUUCAAUGCUUAGGCCCAUCCUAAUUCUAAUAAUUGCAUUUCCAUUCCUAAUGAUCCCACUGUCCCGGAUUUUGCCAAACAAGCGUCGUGAUGAGAUGAAUGGAUUUUUUAUCAAAGCUAUUAAGAAUAUGAUUGCCUUGAGAGACCAGCAAGAUGCAAAUGAGAGGCGCAGAGACUUCCUCCAGUUGAUACUUGAUGCCCGCAGCUCUACUAACUACAUCGGUGUGGAGCACUUUGACAUAGUCAACCAAGCUGAUGUUUCCAUUCAGGACCAUAAGCCUCCUGUUGACAAGGCCCUGCCUAAAAAGGUUCAGAAGACAUUGUCUGAGGAUGAGAUAGUAGGCCAAGCCUUCAUCUUCCUGAUUGGUGGGUAUGAGACCACCACCAAUGCCCUCUCCUUCGCCACCUACUUAUUAGCCACCAACCCAGAGUGCCAGGAGAAACUGCUUCAGGAGAUAGAUGAAUUCUCUGGAAAACAUUUUCAGCUACCGAUGACCUAUAUAUGGCUGUAUGACAAUGGAGAAGAGGAAGAGAACUGUAGUCAUCCAGCUGUCCUCUUCAAUAACAAGAAGUUCCUGCUUCCAGUCUACAUGGCCUCCUGUCAUAAGGAUGUCCCUGACUACCAAAAUAUCCGAGAGCUCCCUUACCUGGAUAUGGUGAUUGCAGAGACACUGCGCAUGUACCCACCUGCAUUCAGGUUCACACGGGAGACAUCGAAGGACUGCGUAGUGAUGGGACAGCAUAUUCCAGCUGGCGCUGUAAUAGAAAUUGCAGUUGGACCUCUGCAUUAUAACCCUGAGUUCUGGCCAGAACCUGAGAAAUUCAUCCCUGAGAGGUUCACAGCGGAGGCCAAACUGCAGCAGCAUCCCUUUGCAUACCUCCCAUUUGGGGCAGGACCUCGCAGCUGCAUUGGCAUGAGGAUGGCUUUGCUGGAGAUCAAGAUGACCCUGCUCCGGAUCUUGCAGAAGUUCAGAUUUGAAACCAGUCCCGAGACCCAGAUUCCUUUGCAGUUGACAUCUGUAUCGUCAUUAGCACCAAAAAAUGGAGUCUAUGUUAAGAUAGUACCUCGAUAGAGCAAAAACCCCAUUCCGAAAGUCUCCAAGGAGGUGAUCCAUUGCUCAGUAGCUCGCUGAUAGAUUGGGGGUAACAUUUUCAAAAGUACUUAAGUGACUUGAGAGCCUAAAUCUCAUUGAAAGUCAAUGGGACUUUAAAUGUGUGGGCCAAAAUCCUGCUGACUUUCAGUGAGACUCAGGCUCCUAAGUCACUUUUGAAAAUGGGACUUAAGUACUUUGGAAAGUUUUACCCAAGCACAUUACUGUGAAUUGUCUCUGAAAAAGGCUCCCACUUUUCAUCAGCCUUAGUGGUCAUAGCAGGGCCCACUUCAUUUUACUUAUCUACAUGGGAGUUUGUCCAGGCUCCAAUGUGACAAUCUUAGCAGUCUGCACUUCCUCACCUUCAGCAGAUUUCUAUAAUAUAUUGAAUGAUAGCUUAUUAGCUAACAACAGACCCUUUUAACAACAGACCCUUAAAUCUCAGUCUCAAUAAACUCUGAAAGGCAACAUGUGUAGUGGUAACAGCAAGGACUAGGAAUCAGGACACCUGGGUCCUUCUCCAAACUCUGCCAUUGACUGCUCUUGAGCAGAGCGCCUAGCCUCACUGUAUCUGUCAAAUGAAGAUCAUGCUUAGUCACCUUUUGUAAAGCGCUUUGAGACAGUUGGAUGAAAUGUGCUAGUAUUAUUAUCUAACUGUUGUUACAAUGGAUUUAAAAAUAAUGGUAAAUGUCUGUACAGCACUUAAGUUCCUAGAAGCAGGACCAGACCAAAGAAUGUUGUAGACUGCUAUUACGUUUUGUAUGUUACUGAAUAGUAUUUAGAAUAUACAAGUUUGAAGUGUUUAGGAGGACUUGGGGAAUUUUAGGGUUGACCUGAAGAUAGUGGCACAGCAGGAGUUUUCCCAGCAUGGCAUGACACUUUUCCUUUCUAUGCAUUUCAGUUGGCACUACUCUUGGUCAGCUCAUUGGGUCAAAGGAAAUGAAGGAGGUUGCAUGAGCUAGUGCUUAAAGCCAAGGAUUGGGAGCCAGGAAAAUCAUUUCCGAUAGCUACACUAUCUCCUUAGGUGACCCUGCAGCAAGUCAAACUUGUGCCUCACUCAACCAACAUGGGUGAAUGCUAGGCCCAGAGGCUGCCUGCAUGUCUUCACAGUCAAAGGAAAGGCAGCACUUACUUGAUUCUUCAGGACCAUUUGCCCACCGCCUCUGCAAUACCUAAAAGCAAUUUGGCCAUGUUUGGAAUUUUUCCAUAUUUGCACAUAUGGAGAAAACGGUCUCUUCUGCUGCAAUUUUGGGGGGGGGGGUGCAUGAUACCCAGAGAGUGGCAGAAAGUUUACUCCAUGCCCAACCCUGGGGAGGAAAUUGAGAAAGGAAGAAAGUUGUCAUAGGCCCAAGUUUUUGUGUGUGUCCCUGUUGCAGGACCCUGGGUCCUUGGUGGGCUAGUGGAGUGUCAUGGAGCAUCCUUCACACUAGCUGCAGCAGGUUAGAAUUCCCACCAGCUUCUACUGCUGUCUUAGGCCUCAAGGAACUGUGGCCCAGAUCGUCAAAGAGCCUAAACACCUU